AUGGCUAGCUACAAGGCGAGCUUUGUCUCUAUCCUGAACAAUGAUGAUAAUCCAGCAUUUACCGUUCGAUCAUCUCAUAGAUCUGCUCGACGCCAUUCUCCGUCAUCAUACCCCUACCCAUCAAUAUAUUACGAGUCCUUAACCCCCGAGACUCGCUAUGGGCGGACCUACGGGUCCCUGGUAGUAUCGCCCAUGGUUCCUAGGCCGGCAUUUGAUCCUGUCUCGGAGUCCAAGCAGCCAGCCUCCCCGGGGUCUUCCGAUUGCUCUUACGACUAUAUGAGCAGCACGACCACAAGCUCUGACUACCGACCACGUCAGUCCGACUCCCACACCUAUUCUGCGUCGACCGCAGGCUAUCCUGGGAACCAGCUGAGCGCCAACUCGGCGACCGAGCCUCCAUCCCCGUCCAUGUCGAUCAGUGGAACCAAGCACAACCUGCUCCCCAAGCCGCGAAAGGACAGACACCCUUGUCCAUUCGCUGGCAGUCACGGCUGCUCAGCAACAUUUACAACUUCCGGACAUGCCGCCCGCCACGGGAAGAAGCAUACGGGAGAGAAGAGCGGCCACUGUCCGAUUUGCAACAAGACGUUCACGCGUAAGGACAACAUGAAGCAACACAUCCGGACGCAUCGGAUGCAUCGAACGAACUCGGAGGAAAUGCAUGAUGAUGGCCAAGGAGGAUGGACGUCUCGUUUCGCGGUCCCUCGUCGGCGUACAAGCACAACCGGUCGCAGUCCCAGUCCUAGGUGGACAUAG